UACACUCCCCCGGCCCGGCGGCGUCUUGUCUUUCCACACAGAAAACAAACCCUUGCCCUUAAGCAAACCCCAGUUGCUGCCUACCAGUCCCAUGGAUUCCGUUCAUUCCAAUCAAAUGCUAAUUCAGCCCUAAUUUUAAAGGUCCAUAUUUCCUGGCCCGUCAAACAAGUUUCCUUGCUUUAGAAGCUUCUUGCGAACAUUUGGAGUUUUAUCCUUUCCCUUUUUUUUUUUCUCCAUAUUUUAGGGUCAAGUGCCCGGUUCGCUAAUGUGAUUGUGGGUUUCUAAUUCGAUUUCGUUUUCGUUGAGCGACCAAAUAUUAAUUUAUAUGCGAGAAAGGAAAAAAAAAGAAUGUCUUUGUUGCUGUGUUCAAUUCUUUGGCUUUGUGUUCCCUGUUAAUGCGGAUGUGCUUGCUGACAUUGAAGCAAAGUUUAUAUGGAACGCAAUUGAGAUUUAGCUCUUGACACUGAGGGAUGUCAGCUUACAGCCACAAUCAAAAUGAAUGGGUAUAAUCAGGUAGAGCAAACUCUGAAUGAUAUUCUUCGUGCAAUUAAUCCCUCAAAAGAAGAUUGGACAAUCAGAUUUCAUAUUAUAAAUGAGGUCCGGGAUGUUAUUCGAUCCAUAGAAAGUUUGAGAGGUGGAACUGUAGAACCAUAUGGAUCUUUUGUGUCCAACCUCUUUACAAAAUGGGGAGAUUUAGAUAUAUCCAUUGAGUUACCAAAUGGUUCAUAUAUUUCUUCUCCUGGAAAGAAGCACAAGCAAACCUUACUGGCGGAUGUCAUAAAAGCUUUGAGAAAAAAAGGUGGAUUUCGUAGGCUGCAGUUUAUCUCCAAUGCAAGGGUACCAAUUGUGAAGUUUGAGGGGAACUUCAACAUCUCUUGUGACCUCUCAGUCAACAACUUAAGUGGGCAAAUGAAGUCAAAAAUAUUAUUCUGGAUUAGUGGGAUUGAUAACCGCUUCCGUGAUCUGGUUCUGCUGGUCAAGGAAUGGGCCAAAACUCACCAUAUCAAUGAUUCGAAAUCUGGAACUUUGAACUCGUAUUGUCUAAGUCUGCUGGUGCUUUUUCAUUUUCAGACUUUGGAGCCUGCUAUAUUACCUCCACUUAUAGAAAUAUACCCAGGGAAUAUGACUGACGACCUUACAGGUGUGCGAGCUGUUGCAGAAAAAAAUAUUGAAGAUACUUGUGCCGUAAACAUUAAAAAAAUUAGGUCAGAUAGGUCAAGAUCGAUCAACUGGAGCUCUUUGUCUGAGCUCUUCCUUUCCUUCCUUGCAAAGUUUUCUGAUAUUUGUUCAAGAGCUUCUACACAAGGUAUCAACCCAUAUAUGGGACAUGUGGAGGAUAUUAACACCAACAUGAGGUGGCUGCCUAGAACCUAUGCAUUAUUUGUUGAAGAUCCCUUUGAGCAGCCAGCUAAUACAGCUAGGACAGUCAGCAGCAAUCAAUUAAUAAAGAUAGCAGAAGCAAUUCAGGUGACUCAUCAAAUGCUCGCUUCGCCAAAUCAAAAUCAAGCUUCUCUUUUUUCAGUUUUGGUGGGGCCACAUCUAUCAUGGUUAGGAAGGAGAACAUCUGUAUCAACUUCAACAAUACAAUCUAUGUCAACAACACCUAUUAGCAGGAAUAUACCUAUUAUAAGGAAUGGCAUUAAGACUCGACCGGAGAGGAAGCAGCCGCCCUUGCAAACACUGCACAAGUCUCAGAACAAAGUAAUGGAUAAACCUCAAAAUGGAGAAAGUAACGGAUCUAAGCAUGCAUCUACAAGUCAGAAACAGCAAGUUUGGAGGCCACGAUCCGAGCCCAAAGCAGAAAAAAACAGUUCAGGUGAAUGAAUGAGUCUAUUUGCUUACGAAGACCACUAUUUUUUGAGAGCGCAGAUUGAGUUGGCUCUUUUGGUGGGUGGAAAGUAAUAUUGCGGUAAAGCCUAUACUUAUGAUGAUCUAGUUUGAUGUGUGUCAUCUUUAACGAGAAAUGGUGGCAGGCAUGGUCAUUUGUUUGUAUAACAUGCAGAAAGCUAAUAAUUUGAAUUUGAUGCAUGCAAAGCUCAGUUCCAACUUCCAAUGGCUAUGAAAAGCUGAUGUUUUGUUGCUGCUGAAAGCAAUCUGAAACGUCAAAACUUUUGUUGAGCAAGAAAACUUUUUCUACUUUUUUGGGGAGAUUUAUCAGUAAUCAAACUGUAAACUUACUUUCCGAUGCUUGUCCUUUCAGGGUGCGUUUAUUUUUGUUGUAAAAUUUUCAUUGGAAAAUGAUGGAUAAGAAAUUAUGAGAAAAUAUGAUUUUUUUUUUCUCCUUA